AUGAGUGACGAAGAAUAUGCGGAUCUCGACAACGAACAGCAGCUUGAUCUCUAUGAGUACUGGGACACCGAGGAGCAGGCUAAGAAGGGAGGUGUCAAGACUUUUGAAGUCAAAGAAGAAGGCGGUCUGAUCUUUGACAGUGGCAAAUCUGACUAUGCUGUUACAGUCGAGCGGGUACUGGGAGUCGAUGGCUCGGGGGAAGCAAUGGCCGAGGACGGCAAAACCCACACCGCGCAAAUGACUGUGCUCAUCCUCAAGAUAGUGGUCGCUGCGAAGCCAGGUUGUCGAAUCCGAUCGGUUGAGGCAACGCUGAGGCUGGACAACCCAAAGGGUGGCUCUCAGCCCAACCCUGUUGUGCAAGCCUGGGCUCCGUUUCGCAAACUGCAGCUCACUAAUCCGACGGCCGCGAAGAUAAAGCAGACGAGUAAUACGACCGUCGGCGCCCAAGCUACCUACCAGGGCGCUGGUUUCCACACAGACCACAGUCGAGGGUAUGAGAUCGACUUCGAGCGCACAUACUACGACUUUGCGUAUUCCACUCCGUGCAUGGACCCAACAUCACACAAGAGGGCCGGGGUGACGUGGUACAUGGAGCAGAACGACCUUCAAAAUAGCAGUGUUCUGCUAGAGACUUUUGCCGCCAUCCUCUUCACACGAGCGAGCGACGGUCCCUACCUUGUAAGGUUUGACAUUGACGUUCGCGGCGGCACCCUCUACGACUUCUCAAACAAGCUCAAGAGAGCCUUCGGUCUUGGACCAGGCCACACGAAGCCAUUCCUGGUGCAUCCGUCUCCAAAUCCCAAGGUCCGUGGAGGAGAGGGUAACGACUUUCUUCUCGGUAUCCAAAACUUGAAGGAUGAUCUCGGAAAGCUACGAGCAGAGCACGACAGCACAGGACUAAAGAUUGUUCGUAAGUCGGGCCAGGGGGGCUCUGCGGAGGAAGAACCAACGCAGCCGGGUUCCGAUAAUGCCGAAAAUGAGGCUGAAGGAGAGGACACCAGGGUGAAUUUUGCAGAGGAUGAUGGGCAGGAGGAGGGGGAGGGGGAGGGUGGAGAGUUCAACCCUUGGGCAGACGAAGCUUGA